AUGGUUGAUUGUGUUCAAAUUAUGAGAGAAAAUUCUCAAGAUUUUCUUUACAAUCUGAAAAAGACGGAUUUCACCUUGAAAAAUGGGACCAAAGGAUUUUUAGAAGAAAAUGAUUGCUCCAUAUUGUGUCUGGAAACUACAGAUAUUGAUGUAACUAGAGUUUUAUUGGCUCAAGUUUUGAUAAAAUUUAAAAAGGAUACAAUUUUAAAAGAAAAUUUAAACGAAAUUUUUUUCACCAAUUUCACCAGUUUUAUUACAUUGACUUCAGAACAAAAUGAAGAUUUUGUGAAGAAUUUUCCUGAUCUGUUAAUUUGCAUUUUGGACAAUAAAGAACAAUUAUUAUUAGAUAAACAAUCUCAAAUAUUGGAAACUUUGAUAAACAUCAUCAAAGUGAAUGGCAAGAAAAUUAUUUUUAUUAUGGAAAAUUCAAAAAAUCUGGAAAAAACUAUGAUGGAUAAUGAAAUGGCGAAUAUAUUUACAUUGAAAUUAAAUAAAUUGUGGAAAAAGAAUAAUAUCCUACCAUCGAUUAAUGAAGCCAUCUGUGAUGCUGAAAAUAAUUUAGUGAACAUUGAAUCGAUUUCGGCAAGGGCUUUGGAUGAGUGCACAAAUAUUAGUUUAAAGGAAGAAGAAUCAUGUGAAAAAAUAUCAUCACACGAUGAAGCAACAAUUAAAGCUACAGAUUUGGAAAAUUUCUUACAAUCACUUGGUGUGAAAGAAUUGGAUGCUGUAGAUAAAGUUGGCGAAACUCAAUUGCAUUUGGCAGCUCGUAAUGGAAAAACAGAAAUUGUUGAAUCGCUUUUAGUUCACGGAGCGAAAAAAGACGUGAAAAAUAAUCGUGGCUCAACAGCUCUUCAUGUAGCAGCUGAAAAAUGUAACAGUGCAAUUGUUCAUAUGUUGCUCAAAAACGGAUUUAAUGUUAACGCCACUAACAAAUUUCAAUACACUCCACUCCAUAUCGCAAGUGCUAACCAUAAUGAUGCGCAUUUGAUAGAAAUUCUUCUAAAAUUUGGUACAGAAAAACAAAGAAAAGAUAAUUUUGGCAAAACAGCUCUUCAUUAUGCAUCUUGUAAUGGUCACAGUGUAGUAGUAAAUUCGUUGCUGAAAAAUGGCGCCAAUAUAAAUUCUCAAUGCAAUAUUGGAAAUACACCUUUGCACGAUGCUACAUUGCACAAUAAACGAGCAGUUGUUUUUAUACCUCUACAACACGGCGCCCUUUCGAAUAUAAAAAAUAUUCAGCAAAAAACUGCCCUUAAUAUAGCCAAAAAAUGGAAAAGUACCGAAAUCAUCCAAAUAUUAAAGAAUCAUAAAUGA